AAAGCGAUAUCCAACUUCCGGCGAAAGGUCACAACCGAAAGUUCUUCUGUAGAAGUUUUCCAUAUAACAGCAGGCCAUUCUCAGCUUGUCACCAAGAUGUUCUCCAAAAUAAAGUCAUGAAAAGCCAUUCUUUGAUAUGAAUAAGCCCAGAAUUGGCCUCAGCAGAUAGUUGUUACUAAGCAGUACCAAGACGGUUCAGACUGAAAAUCAAGAUGGAGAAAAGGCAUAAAGAAUUGUUGAUACUGCAGCGUGCGAACUUGGUAGAGGACCUGAAUAUGAGGAGUGGGCUCUUCACACAGCUUCUGUGCAGAAAAAUAAUAGAUCAAAGGAUGGUCAGAAAGAUCAAGAAUGGUAAUACAGAAGAUGAACAGGCCGAAGAAUUGUUAGAUUAUUUGCCAAAAUCUGAUCAAGGAGCAAAGACUUUUGACCUUUUCUGCGAGGCCUUGAUAGCAGACUCUCAAAGCAAUGUUGUUAAGUCUUACCUCAAGCCUGAAAACAAGAAAGAGUCAGAUGAAAACAAGACUGUACAGGAGUCCGCAGAGAGUAUAGGCGAUACUUCAUCUCAGGCUGGGGGACAGACAUGUGUGCAUGUAGCAGAGGGUGUAGAGUAUAGGGACGGUGAUCGUUCGGUCGCAAGUCCGAGCCAUGUACCAAACAUUGCUAUCCGAGAAGAGUUUCAGAGUCAGAUGUAUAGGCGGAGUAUUGAACCAAGAGAUUUACAUCAUUCCCUGUCUUCCCCGAACUUGCCAAACAGUUCUGAACAUGAAGCCAGAUUUUUCUAUCAAAAUUCGUUAAGAAAUCCAAAUGCUGUAUACACUGUUUUAAAUGACCGGUGCAUAAACAAAAUGGAAAAAGAAAAACAGCUGUUCAACAUGGGCUUGCCUGUUGCUUCUAUUUCACAAAUUAUGAACGAUUAUCACAUGCAAAACAAUAAUGAUCCAUUGUUAGUAAGAGAUUCGGGAAGUAAAAUACUUCCAAAAUGUGCGUCUUCCAAAGAUUUUUCCCAGAAUGCAUUUGCUCAACCACCACCUGUGUUCGGUUAUUCUCCACAUAAAGAGAUUAAUGUGUCUUCCAUGAAUUCUUCAUUCGGACCCAGUCCUCAAAAAUCAUUUGCCUUUCAUACGAGGGAUCAAACUUAUUCACCAGUAUUACAAGAAAGCGACUUUAUAAGUGCUAAGAAAGGGUAUGGUAUAGGCACAAUUAAGGAAAGAGAAUUAGAAAUAGAAAAUAUUUAUAGUUCUAGUAAGCAAAACGAAAAGCUGUUUAAUGAGAAAAUCGGGUCAUGCUAUGAAGGAUAUGAUGAAAGUAUGCGUCAUAAAGUUUCAGCACCACAAGUCAGUGAAAUCCGUUCCAGUCCAUCCAGAUUUUCUGAUGCUCGUAAUGUUAUGGAGAUGGACAGGUAUAUUGAAGUAAAUAAUAGCAGUGAUGGUAGUCAACAUCGCAGCAUGAUCUCGUUUCCUCGUCAUGUUACAAUGCUGCCAGUUUCUCACCAUCCAGACCUCCGCAGUGAAGAAUCAUUCAGGGGAGACGAUAGCAGAUCACCAAGGCUAAUGAGAAAUGAUAGUGUUGAUACAAUGCAAAAACGACCAUUAAGUGAAGAAGUCGAAACUGGAGGUAAAUUUUUCAAACCAGUUCUAGUUCAUUUUCUAGCCAGCCCGCUUAGCUCAGUAGGGACAACAUUACAGCAACAGAACUUUUGGGAGAUUUAA